UCCGCAUCCUCUCCUCAGUACUUUCAUCAGGACUUUGAGUGAACCAGACAAGAAGAUGCCACGAGGAUUUUUAGUGAAACGGAGUAAACGUGGCUCAUCUGCAUCGUACAAGAUGAGAGCACAAGAAGAAAAAGAGCCGGAGAAAGAGGACCCGCUUUCCCAAAAUCCAACUGCAAGUGUGCAGGAUGUGCUGGAACCUAUUACAGAAUCAUGGACGAGUGAUACAAGCUCUAAACAUGAGGAGAAACAUCUACUGGAGGACUCUGGAAGGGUUGGAGAGAGCGUCGAUUACGCACAAAGCUACUUCAGCCAUCCGGAGCAAAGCGCGUCAUCCCCGCGCAACAGCACCGGCUCAUACAGUCCAGUCAAACCUAUCAGCACGGAGCUUUUGGACAGGUGUCUCAGCUCACCAGCCAUGGCUGAAUCAUUCCCUUUGGCCACCCCGGUGUCUUCAAUCGAGCGUCUGCUAAUGAACCACUCUGAUAUGAAGUUUGGCACACCGGUGCCCUCAUCGGUGCCCGCGUACCCUGCCUUUCACCAAUGCGUAAAACGCGCGUUUAUGGACUCUGAGCGCAAGAGCAAACCACCAAAAAAGCCUAAGGUUAUCAGAAAGCUCAAUUUUGAAGACGAAGUCACCACCUCGCCAGUCCUCGGACUGAAAAUUAAAAAAGAAAGUCCUGAAUCCAAACUAGCACCACAGAGUGGUCGAAAAAAACCGCUUGGUGAGUUCAUCUGCCAGCUUUGCAAAGAAGAAUACCCUGAUCCGUUUUCUCUAGCCCAGCACAAGUGCUCAAGAAUCGUCCGGGUUGAAUACCGCUGCCCGGAGUGCGACAAAGUUUUCAGCUGUCCUGCCAACCUAGCGUCCCAUCGCAGAUGGCACAAACCUCGCAGCCUGAGCACCGCAGACGCGAAGAAGCCUCACGAGAAGACCUCAGUGGAGGGGAAGGAAAACGCCAGCAAGUUGAGACUGAACAAUCAGCACCAGCUGAGUCCGGACAGCUCCCAACUCCACAGAUCAGCACCGGACAGCAACCUGAUGCACAGGGGAUCCCAAGACCCUCCUCUGGACCAAAGGUACCCGUCCUCGGAGAAAUGCUUUGAGAUGCACAUCGGCUCCGCGGACAGCUCGAGGUUGUUCGAUCACUGCCCCGAGGAGCCCGACAGGGCCAGUACCCCAUACCUGCCCUCGCCCGGUCCCGAAGAAGUGUUCGAGUGCCACUACUGCAGCAAGAAGUUCCGCAGGCAAGCCUACCUGAGGAAACAUCUCGCCGCGCACGAAACGAUCAAAACACCCUCGUACGGUCACAUUGAAAGCGGACAGAUCACUUUCCCGUGUCACCUCUGCGGAGCGCACUUCCCCUCCGCGGAGAUCAGGGACAAGCACCGACUCUGGCAUGCGGUCAGAGAAGACUUACUACUCAGACCGGAUCUGAGUCCCGGAGAACAGCAGAUAUUCUCAUGCAAACACUGUCCAUCUACGUUCUUCAGUUCUCCGGGUUUGACCAGACACAUCAACAAGACUCAUCCCACAGAAAACCGACAGGUGAUGCUCUUACAGAUGGCCGUCAGGCCGGGAUGCUGAUCUCACAAACACUUUGUUGUUGAUAUUAUUACUAAUAAUAUGUCCAGUGUGUCUUUAUCGAACUUACAGAUUGUCUUUGUUGACUCCAGAGAUAGUUUAUGUAUCCUCUGAUAAUCUUGGGUAUCACUUAAAUAACUUCCUUAAGUACAGUAAGUUAUUAACAAACAUUAUAUACAGGGUUCCCACAAUUUUCAUCAUGAAUUUUCCAGUUGCUACUAUCUAUCUAUCUAUGCAACUGGAAAAUUGACUAUACAGUCAAACCAAAAUUAUUCAGACACCUUUAACAUUUCUCACAUUAUUAGAGUUUAUUCGCUAUAGUUUAGAAAGUGGCAAUAAAAUAUGACAAGAACUGAGCUGAACUGUGUCAGAACAAAUUAAUCUUGACAAUGUCAGAAAACUUUGAUAGAAAAGUAUGUAAUGGAUCACAGUCAACCAAAAAUUCAGAAAAAUUUUAUUAAAGAUCAAUUUUACUGGUAGUUCACUGUAUGAAGAAUUUUUGGGUAUAACGUGUCGCAGUUUAUCUUUUAUGACAGCAGUUGCUAUCCUCACUUACAUAAAAGAACUACAGUGUCAUUACAGAAAUAUCAAAAAUUAUAUCCGGUGUCUAAAUCAUUUUUGGUUUGACUGUACGUAUAGUUAACAAUCAGUUAAAUAUAUCAAGAGUUAAAAAAAAUAAAAUAAAAAAUAAAAAUAUAUUAACUAUUAGAAAUUUUCAUGGCUUUUUUUUAAAGUAAAAAAAUUCUCAUCAAUAAAAUGCAUUAGAACUGAGAAUAACAAGAAUUAUAAAUGUUAUUGUAUUUUUUAAAAUUCAGAAUCUGAGAAUAACAAGAAAUGUAAAUGUUUUUAAUUAAUUUGUUAAUUUCUGUAACUUCUUCAGGCAUGGGAAUCUCAAUUCUCUGCAAUUUCCUGAUACUUCCAUCAUCAUGUGAACCCUGUAUAUAAUAGCUCAUGUACAUUUAAAUUUGAUUAUUAUAACCAUUCAAAGGUUUGAUUCACCCCUAUUUGAAACUGAUAAUAUAUCAAAAGUUAUAAAGUGUUACCCAUUUAAGUUUUUAAUGUUGCCAGUUUAAUUCAUGAAAUGUUUAUAGCCGGAAAAGGCCAAAUCUUUCAGGCUUGAGAUUUGAGGCUCACAGCAGGUUUUUCAUUAAUAUAUGUCUUUAUAAUAUGGGGAAAGUGAAUUAAUAUAUUUUGUGUCUCAUUGUAAAAGCAGCUCCCAUUGAAAGCUUAUUUAGUCUCAAUCGUCUUAGAAGGUGUUUUGAUUUCUAGAUCAUGAAUGAUCUGUACAUGCCAUUAUAUUUUAAUUGACAGCAUAGCUGGAAAAAAAUGUAUUUAUAUCAUAACAGCUGCCAGGAAAUGCCAUAGCAUACAUCAAGACUAUUAGAGGCCUAUCAUAAGUGUCAUAUAUUUUCAUAUGUAGCCAUUUUCAGCUGUUACGGGGGAAAUGAAGAGGU